AUGCGUCGCGCUGUACGUCCAACAACAACAGCUACAGCCAAUAGGCGUAUGCAACUAUCUUCAACAGAACUAGUAAUGCCACAAUCACGAUCAUCAAGUCGAUCAUCUUUGCCUGUUACUGAAAACAAUAAACACCCUUUGUUCUUGCAGAUGUGGGAAGCAUUUGAAUCAUCGUCAGUUGAACUUAUUGAAAAUAACGCAAAUCUGUUCGAUAAUAUUGAUAAAUUGAAGAUUUUGUUAUCAAAAUCUUCAACAUCCUUCAGAACAUUCUUUCAAACAGUAGCACGGCUAUACGGAAACAUAUUUACGUUGAAUAAAACCAGAAAACAAAGUCUUGUCACUGGAUAUUCAUCAAUACGAUCAUCAUAUACUCCAUUUAGUACUAAUUGGUCCAAUUUCACACAAUAUAUGGAGCAACAAUAUGUUUCUAUAUACAGGCAAGUCAGUGCAGAGCUUAAUAAUCAUAUUAAUCCAAUGAUAUCUUUUUUAUCCCAAAGUAUCAAUCAGUUUAACGAUGUUACAACCAAUCUUGUUACUUUGUUUUCUGAAAUCAAGAAAUCUUUCGAACUUAUCUUCCAAAACCAAAAGUUUCUGCAUCAAGGAAGUCAAAAUUUUGCAGAAGUUUUAAAUAACAUUUCGAUUAUGCUUUCUGCAGUAGAAGACAUACAAUUGGAGCAAAGGAAUAACUUAAUUAAUACAAUAAGCUACUUAUUUAGGACUUCUUACGCUUUUUGCAUGAAUUAUAUUUCAUUUUUGACAUCUAAGAACCAAUUUCAAGAAAUUUUGGAUGAAUAUGUAAGCAGAUUGGAUUUACAGGUAGAUACAUCAAGAUCUUUACCUCUUUCUUCAAUACAUGAGGCGAAAAAUGAAAUUUCAUCAAAUGAAGUGAAAUAUCUCGGUGGAAAUACAUUUGAUGAGAUCAUUGAGAGUGGUAAGAAGGUUAUAGGAUUGAAUAACCCUUCAAACAAACUCUUUUUUGAUGAUUUACAGAAAAUUUCUUCCGAAUUUCGAAAAAUCAUCAAACAAAAUGCGAAAUUCAGAGAGAUUUUCAAGUUUUUGUUCAAUAAAGAGUAUAUAUCUGAUGAAGAAGCUGUUGCAUUUAGAGAAACCAUAAAAAAAUCAGAAUAUAACGAAAAUCAAAUCCAAAAUCUCGAAAAACAGAUCCAAGAAUUGAAAGUUCAGGUAGAAACUAUUAAUAAUCCUCCAAAUUCCCAAAAUUUACCAAAAAAUUCUGAAAAUACCAAAAAAUACCAAGAUCAAAACGAAGAAAGCGAUGGAUUAAUGAUUACUCAAUGUAAUUCUGUUCUUAACCAGCUCCUAUUCGGUGAUAAUCAAGAGAAUUAUCUUGAUAAUUUUGAUUUUUUGUCAGAAAAGGUGAUUUCAUUUAGAAAUGACUUAGUUAAGAUAUCUAGUUCUGAUAAUAACACUUCAUUUGAUCGAAUUUUAGUUAUUCUCAAAGAAAAAAUUGAGAUAUUUAAUAAUUCAGAAAAAAAUCCAAAUGAAACACAAGAAUCUGGUGGGAACCAUAAUGACCCAAGUAAAGACAAGGAAUCUUCAUCAGAAAUACAGAUUCAAGUUAAAAAAGAUUUUUCAAGGCUAAAAAAUUCAAUAAUUACGAUGUUAAAGGAUGCAAAGAAGCCAAUAACACAGAACUCAUCCAUCAAUGACAUAAUAGAGAGUCUUUCUCAAGUUUUUAAAUCAAAUGAAACAGAAUAUUCCCAAGAAUACCUGAAUAAAACGUUUUCAACUGUUCUAAGUAUGGUAAAUGUCAGUUCCAAAGUUGUUCCUUCCAUGUAUUUACCAGAAAUAUGUUACUUUUUCAUGUUAAUGUUCCAAUCCAUAAAUUACUUGAAUAAAUUCACAUCAGACAUGGAUGAAAUCUUCGACAAGUUCGAGUUCAACAUGCCUGAAAGAGAUUCAGAAGAAUUCAACCAUUUGAAACACUGUUCUUCUCUUCUUUCGAAACAUUUGAACGAAAUUGAACCUUCCCAAAUGCAUUCUUCUGUUUUCCACUCUGUAAGUAGAUUCAUUAUUCUUAUACAGUCUCUUGUUUCUCAUUUGUAA